AUGAACACAAAGGACAAGAAAAAGGUGGAUGUCUCCGGCAAAUGCAGGGUACACGCAAGGACAAAGUAUGUGCCUUUACCACUGGCGACAUGCGUGGGACACCACGUAUCGGAAGAUUUGCUGAAAAAAUUUAACAUUCAGCAAAUUAAGGAGCAGCGGCUUCUGGACUUUCAAGCUGAGUACACACGACAAACUAAGGUGAAGGAGUUGAGGCACAAAAUCACGGAGUUGUACCCUGAGGUGCCCAAGUUGAAUAAGUCGCAUAAAAAGAUUAGGAAGUAUGCCGAGAGGUGUCCAAGUACUCCUAUGUCGAGGUUUUUGGAGGCUGAUAUGCGGAACAUGGUCAACGCUAAAGGUUUGGAGUUUAAAUACCCUGAGAUUGUUAAUCAUAUAAUGACUGAGGUGAAGAGGAAUUUUUUAAUACUAACACACAACGCUGGUGUUAACUUGAAAGUGCAACCCGUUAAAGAGGUUGAAAGGUGUAGACCGGGACCUUUUACCUACUUGGGGAAAACAGAGCGGUACCAAAUAUACCUCUGGAUAAGACACGAAUUCAGCAUGAGGUGGAUGCUGCAUUACCCGUUGGCGAGAAAAAUAUUUAAGGAGUGCGUAUACUUACCAGACAUUCUAUUCGACUUAUCUAAAUUCAGAGCUGAACCACUUUCACUCAACGAGCUCGAUAUCCGACUCGCAACUUUUUUAAAGGACGCUCAGCUACUCUACAACAAGUUCUACACCAGAGUGGUGACACAUGUAGAGCGAGACAAAAUUAAUCUGAACAAGGACAAAACAGAACGACUGCUCAACUGUUGCACAGGUCUUUUAUCAGUGUAUAUAGGCAAAACAUUGAGCCAAACCAUUCAGCACUGUGUGGAUGUUAUAAGUGACCCAGAUUUGGUACCUUACAUGAAAAUAUCCAUAACAUUUGACAAUGAAAUACAGCUAGCGCCCAAAAUAGACGAGGUGGUUUUAACAUACUCCAUUUUCAUCAUGAAGUUGGUAGAAAAUUGUAAGAAUUACGCCACUUUGGAUGCCUAUAAGAAUACCGUUUUCGUUGCUAAAAAUAUUUACAUAAAUAUCACUGAUGAGUUUUUGGCUGAAUCUUUGUUAAGUAUACAGUCGAACUUAUAUAUUUGUAAAGCCGUAACAAUAGAAGAAAACACCGAAAUAACCCAAGAAACCUUCUCGAAGCUAUGUAUUCAUCUGGAAAACUUCAAACAAUACACAUACAAAGUAACAAUGCUUUGCUCCGAGUACUACGACAUUGGCCAAUUGGUCCUCUUAGAUUACAUACAAAUAAUAAAAGAUCAACUCAACGAUUUCAGCCUCAGUAUUUUCGAAAAAAUGUGCGAGUUUCACAUAAAAGAAAACACUGAUAUUAUUGAUGAGUACGAGAAUAUUAAACAGAUUGCAUUGAGUCAUCCAAACACAACCGAAGAGUUGAUGGAACAGGGCAGAUUCAUGGUUGAAGUUAAAGGUAAGAUUCUUGAAAGGCUUCGCGAGGAGACCCAGGAUAUGCUCUAUAACCUCACCAAGCUGAUUAACCUGGGUCAACUGUCCAGAGAUCAUUUGGAACUGAAUGCUGUUACUAUAAACUGGAUAAAGAAAAUCGAAAAAAUCCUCGACAUAAACUCGAUAAACUAUGAGCAGCUGAAAUUUGAAGCUGAAGAACGCUUAGGGAAGAAUAUAGCAUACAUACAUGCUACAGUGGCUGAUUUGUGUCCGAAAUUGGUGAUUUUAGAUGAAAUGGAUGAUGCCGCUAGAGCUAGAGAGUACUUGCAAGCUUUGUCGCCUUUUAUGGCCUUAUUAAGAGAUUUAAAAGCCAAAAUUGAUUUUAUAGACAAAGAAAGGCUUUGCCUGGGCUUUGCAGUCACUCCUUUUGAGGUUUUUGAGGAGUGUGUGCAGAUUGUGUACCAGUUUUUUCAUUUGGUUAAGGUUUGUAUGAAUGUUAAUAGAAGCAUUGCAGUAUGGUACGAUGGACCGUUCGAGUUUUUACUCUAUGAGGACACAGAGAGACUCAUGGAGGAAUAUAAUAAAGAGUUGUUAAAAAUCCAGAAAUCUUACAGAAUUAAACUUCGGCAAGCUCCUGGAGAAAAUGAUUUCUUUAGGAAGAUCACGCAAAUGGGCUUGGAGGGAGAUCUGGACAAGUACGAUGUUAUAAGCUCAGGAGCGACGAAAGAACGCGAACUAUGGAGAAACUUGCAAAAGAUGCAGGCGGAAUGGAAAGAAAUCUUUUUCAAGACAGGCAAGUUCAAGGAAACCGAUAUAUCGAUUCUCACUGCUCUGGAUGAUAUACAAGUUGUGCUGGAUGAUCAUAUAAUCAAAACUCUUACAAUGAGAGGUAGUGUGUUUGUUAAGCCAUAUGAAGCUGAAGUAAGGCUUUUUUACGAUAAGUUGCAAAGGAUUAACAAGUCUUUGGAUGAAUGGGGGAAAGUUCAGGCGCAGUGGUUAUAUUUACUCCCUAUUUUUUCUUCGAAAGACAUUGUGGCUCAGAUGCCGGAGGAGGGAAAUUUGUUUAAGGAGGUUAAUGACACAUACAGAAGAUAUAUUACCGUUGUUAUAAAGGAUCCCAGGGUGUUUGAGACAGCUAGCGCGGAGGGAUUGCUAGAGUCAAUGGUGUAUUGCAACGAGUUGCUGGAGAAAAUCAAUGAAGGCGUCACAAACUACCUAGAGAAAAAACGACUAUUCUUCCCAAGAUUCUUCUUCUUAUCCAAUGACGAAAUGCUGGAGAUUCUUUCCGAAACAAAAGAUCCUCUAAGAGUGCAGCCGCAUUUAAAAAAAUGUUUCGAGGCCAUAUCCAUGUUGGAGUUCGACGACGAACUCAACAUACAUGCUAUGUUGAGUGGUGAGGGCGAGAAGGUCAACUUUAAGAAUGUUGUGGCGUCCAAAGAAGCAGGUGGCAGUGUUGAGAAAUGGUUGGUGCAAGUCGAAGAUCAAAUGGUGAUUUCCGUUAGAGACCAAUUGAUAAGAAGCUAUAAAAAUUAUCUGCAACUGCCUCGUACUAAAUGGAUGAUCAAAUGGCCUGGUCAAAUAGUGUUGGCCGUUUCUCAAAUGCAUUGGACGUUGAAUGUGCACAAGGCUUUAAAUCAAGAAGAUGGCUACAACAUCGCUCAAAUGUCCGAGGAUCAACGAGUUUCCUUGACGGAUAUCGUGGAUUUAAUCAGAGAUCCUACACUGACAAGUUUAUCAAGAAUAACCAUUAAAGCCUUAAUCGUUAUAGAUGUACACGCAAAAGAUGUAGUAUCGGAAUUAAACGAUAAAAAUGUCAAGAGCGAUUUGGAAUUCAAAUGGUUGGUUAUCACCCCUUUGACAGAUAGAUGCUACAGGACUCUCAUAGGCGCGUAUCAUUUGCAUCUUAAUGGGGCCCCUGAAGGGCCCGCUGGAACUGGUAAAACUGAGACCACUAAAGAUUUAGCGAAAGCCCUGGCCGUUCAGUGCGUGGUAUUUAAUUGUUCGGACGGUCUGGAUUACAAAGCGAUGGGUAAAUUCUUCAAAGGUCUAGCUUCGUGUGGCGCCUGGGUAACUGUAGAGAUAUCGCGAAAUAUUAUCAUCAACAUUGCGUUUCAGGUGUGCUUUGACGAGUUCAACCGGAUAGACGUGGAAGUGCUUUCCGUUGUGGCCCAGCAGAUAUCCUCCAUAAUUUUGGCGGUGCGAGCGAACGCCAAAAAGUUUAUGUUCGAAGGCACGGAACUCAACUUGAACCCGGCAUGCUACGUUUGCAUCACCAUGAAUCCAGGUUACGCCGGUCGGUCUGAGCUGCCGGAUAAUUUGAAGGUCUUGUUCAGAACUGUGGCCAUGAUGGUGCCCGAUUACGCUAUGAUUGGGGAGAUCUCGUUGUAUUCCUAUGGCUUCGUGGAUGCUAGAAAUUUGUCGGUGAAGAUCGUGACUACUUACAGGUUGUGCUCGGAACAGUUGUCGUCGCAAAAUCAUUAUGAUUACGGUAUGCGGGCGGUAAAGUCGGUACUUUCGGCUGCUGGUAUUGUGCUGCCAAAGGCAGAUUACCAUGUGAUGACUGAAGUGAUGACUCACAGAGCUAAAGCUAGAAACUUGGUGCCCAAAGAUACCUUUCUGCUAAAAAUAAUCCAAACAUACGAAAUGAUGAUUGUCAGGUGGGGUUUUAUGAUUGUCGGGGAAACUAACGCGGGAAAAUCAUCGACGUUGAAAGUUUUGGCUGAUACUUUGACUUACCUUAAUGGAAUGAAGGUUAAAGAAGAGAAAGUCACGUAUCAAAUCGUAAACCCGAAAGCAAUAACAAUGGGUCAAUUGUACGGUCAGUUCGACCCGAUAUCCUACGAAUGGUUCGACGGCGUUGUCGCUGUAAUAUUUCGUACGUUUUGUACCGACCCUUCCCCGGACCGGAAAUGGAUCAUCUUCGAUGGCCCGGUAGACGCAGUGUGGAUAGAAAACAUGAACAGCGUCUUGGACGAUAACAAGAAGUUAUGUCUUAUGUCUGGUGAAGUAAUGACUUUAACCAACUGUAUGUCGCUGAUUUUUGAAGUUAUGGAUCUUGAGCAAGCUUCCCCAGCAACAGUUUCCCGUUGUGGUAUGAUCUUCAUGGAGUCCUCCACCCUCGGAUGGCGCCCAUUCGUGAAAUCAUGGCUCCCGCGAUGCAACAAGGAAUGGCUGACGGACAACGAGGAAAUCAUAUCCACACUGAUAGAGUGGAUGACGCCGCCUUCCUUGCACUUCAUCAAAAAGAAUUGCUUGCAGUACUGCUACCCGGGCGAAAUAAGCUUGGUUACGACGAUGCUAUCGUUGGUCGAGAUGUACCUCGAUGACGCUGUAAGCGUAUGGAAGAAGGAUGAGGAUCAGAAAAGUUUAGCGGGGUGGAUACACGCCGCGCUAAUGAUGGCGGGGGUUUGGGGGUUGGGUGCCAUUUUGGAUGAAGAUUCCAGGGUUAAGUUUGAUGAGUUUUUUAAAACCUUAUGGAAGGGCCUCAACGAAAAGUGCCCGUACCCGGAGAAUAUAGAAAUGCCGUUGGUUACUCCGCCAACUGAGGGUUUGUUCGUUGAUAACUCGUACCUAUUCAGGCUUAAAGGUUCGUGGAAGUAUUACCCAGAAGUUGUGAAAAGUCAAAGAGUUGAUGAGUGUAAAAAUGUACUUCAAGCAUUGAUACCUACAGUGGAUACGGCUAGGUAUAUGGCAUUGAUAGACAUGCAUAUAAGGAAUAAAAAGCAAAUUUUGAUUAUGGGGCCUACAGGUACAGGGAAAAGCUUCUACGCACAGGAUUUACUUAUGAAUCAGAUUGAUAAAGAGAAAUAUGAGCCGGCCUUCAUCACAUUCACUUGCCAAAUAUCGGCAAAUCAAUGCCAGGAUUUGGUGAUAUCAAAGCUUAAUAAAAGAAAACGUGGACAUUAUGGUCCCCCAAAAGGCAAAAUAUCUGUCCUCUUUAUCGACGAUGUAAAUAUGCCCAUUAAAGAACAAUACGGCGCUCAACCACCCAUAGAGUUGCUCAGGCAGUACUUUGACCAUAAAAAUUGGUACGACCUGAAAAAUACAACCGCUCUGUACAUGCACGAUGUGAUUUUCAUCGGUGCUAUGGGGUUGGUAGGUGGUUCCCGACAAGACAUAUACCCAAGAUUUUUAAGGCACUUUAAUAUAUUCUCGAUCAACGAUUUUUCGGAGGUGAGCAUGAAGAAAAUCUACAUCAACAUUCUACUUUUAGGUUGGAAAAAUAACGGCUUUCCCAGCGAAAUUAUAAGCAUAAUCAAGACCGUCGUUAAUGCUAGUCUUGAGAUUUAUAACGCUGCUACGGCGAAUCUAAGACCAACGCCUUCAAAGAGUCACUAUGUGUUUAACUUGAGGGAUUUUUCGAGACUUAUCCAAGGUUGCUCGAUGCUUAGAAAGGAGAAUGCUGAAAAUAGAACCACGUUUGCCAAGAUAUGGGCGCAUGAAGUGUUGAGGGUUUUCUACGAUAGAUUAAUAGAAAGCCAGGAUAAAGACUGGUUGUUCAACAAGUUAAAGCAAUCCGUUGGUGAGAGUUUCAGGGAGAAUUUUGAUUUUCUAUUCGCGGAUCUGCCCAGGGAUGAGGACGGUACCAUCUCUAGAGACUCGCUAAAGAACCUUAUGUUCGGCUCGUACUUUGAUCAAGAUUCAGACAACGAUAAGCGCUACGAAGAAGUGGAAAAUGUACAACAACUCCUGGCUUUAGGAGAGCAAUGCCUAGAAGAAUACAACUCCACGCACAAAAACAAAAUGGACAUUGUAUUGUUCGACUACGCUCUACAACAUUUAUCGAAAAUAUGCCGUAUACUCAUAAUGAGCUGCGGCAGCGGAUUGUUGGUAGGUAUAAGCGGUUCGGGUCGGCAAUCUCUAACCAGGUUGGGAAGUGAGAUAUUCGGGCACAAAUUGUACCAACCUGAGAUUACAAACAACUACGGACUCAACGAAUGGCGUGACGAUAUCAAAAAGAUCCUUAAAGAGGCGGGCGGUAGGGGAAAAGAUUGUACAUUUCUGAUUACUGAAGGUCAGAUAAAAAUGGAAUCUUUUCUGCAAGACGUUGACUGCCUACUGAACUCUGGCGAAGUGCCCAAUAUGUAUCAAAUCGACGAAAAACAGGAAAUUCUGGACAUGGUGAGGCUUGCCGCUCAGGGUGGCAACAGAAACCUGGAUGUUUCAGCCUUGCAAGUGUUCUUUUUCUUCACGAAACGCUGCAGGGAACGCCUACACAUAAUUCUCUGCUUUAGCCCUGUAGGGUCGACGUUUAGAAACAGAUUGCGACUUUACCCUUCGCUGAUAAACUGUUGCACUAUAGACUGGUUCGACGAUUGGCCGGCCUCGGCGUUAGAAGAAGUCGCAUUGGCCUGGAUGACGGGAGUAAAUCUUUCGGAAGAAGUUAUACGCUACUCUGUGACAGCUUGCAAGUAUUUCCACGUUGAGGCUCGUAAAGCUGCCAAGGAGUUUUUCAGCCAAACCAACAGAAAAAUGUACAUAACCUCGGCCUCGUACCUCGAGUUAAUCAGGUCUUUCACGCAGUUAACAAACCGGAAGCAGAAUGAGUUGAUGAAGGCUAAAAAUCGUUACAUGGGCGGUCUGGAAAAAUUAUUCCACGCGGCCAAACAGAUUGGAGAAAUGCAAGUGUCGUUGGCUGCCCUUCAGCCUCAACUUAAAGAAAUGUCCGAUAAAGCAACCGUGAUGCUCAAACAAAUAGAAAAAGAAACGAUACAGGUAGAGAAAUCUUCGGCUUUAGUGAAAGAAGAUGAAAAAAUGGCAAAUAAACAAGCUGCCAUAUCACAAGCAUUGAAACUAGAGUGCGAGUCGGAUUUGGCUGAAGCCAUGCCUAUUUUGAACGAAGCUUUAGCUGCUUUGGACACGUUAAAACCUUCCGAUAUAACCAUGGUUAAAGCUAUGAAAAACCCCCCAAGCGCUGUCAAGUUGGUAAUGGAGGCCGUUUGUAUUAUAAAGAGUGUUAAACCUGACAGAGUUCCAGACGUAAGCACCGGUCGUAUGAUGAACGAUUACUGGAAACCAAGUGUGCGCAUUUUGGGCGACUUCAACUUUCUGGAGAGCUUGAAGAACUUCGACAAAGACAACAUAAAACCUGAAGUGAUGGCGAAGCUAAGAAAAGAAUACAUAACUCACAAAGAUUUCAAGCCGCAAGUUGUGUCCAAAGCCUCGAGUGCAGCUGAGGGUCUGUGCAAGUGGAUCAUAGCUAUGGACAUGUACGACAAGGUGAAUAAGGUUGUGGGGCCUAAGAAGGCGAAGCUUGCAGCUGCCGAAAAAGAGUUUGAAGAGAUUAUGACGCUAUUGAGGGAGAAAAGAAGCCAAGUGCAGAAGUUGGAGGAAAAAUUGGCCAUUUUGAAUACUAAUUUGGCGGAAGCCAUGGCUAAGCAGGAAGAGCUGCAAAGCAAUGUUGAUUUGUGUAACAAUAAACUUAUAAGGGCACAAAAGCUUAUUGGAGGGCUUGGGGGAGAAAAAACUCGCUGGACAGCCGCCGCAGCUGCGUUACAAGCGCAAUAUGAUGGUAUAGCUGGCGAUAUUCUAAUAUCAUGCGGUAUCAUAAGCUACCUCUCACCUUUUAAUGCAGUAUAUAGACAAAGAAUGGUGGCUGAUUGGCACAAGUUGGUUAAAGGGCUUAACAUUCCAUGCGCCGAACAUUUUGACAUUGUCGCGACUUUGGGAUCGGAUGUUAAGAUACAGAAUUGGAACAUAGAUGGACUACCCAGAGAUUCGUUCUCUAUAGAGAACGGUAUAAUUAUGGACAGUUCUCGGAGAUGGUCGUUGUUUAUCGAUCCGCAAAGCCAAGCUUCCAAUUGGAUAAAACGAAUGGAGAAGAAGAAUUCAUUGCAAGUUGUAAAAUUCUCGCACUCGGAUUAUAUGAAGAAAAUCGAGAAUUGCGUGCAAUCAGGCUUCCCAGCUUUAGUCGAAAGCAUCGGUGAAGAACUAGAAGCACCCCUAGACCCUCUACUAUUCAAAUCCACCUUCAAGCAAGCCGGUCUGGAAGUAAUCGGUAUAGGAGAAAACGUUAUAAUCUACAACAAAGACUUCAGACUCUAUCUAACCUCAAAAUACCGAAAUCCCCACUAUCUCCCCGAAGUUUUCAAUAGAGUGACCAUAAUCAACUUUGCCUUGACACUCGAAGGUCUUCAAGAUCAACUGUUGGGCAUCGUGGUUGCCGUGGAGAAGCCCGAUUUGCAGCAGAUCAAGGAGGACUUGAUUGUGCAGAAAGCUCAGAACAGAGGCGCACUUUUGGAUUGCGAGGAGAGAAUUUUGAAGACUUUGUCCGAGUCCCAGGGCGAUAUUUUGGAGGACGAGAACGCUAUACAGAUAUUAGAUGAAUCAAAGAUUCUCUCAACAGAAAUCAGAGAAAAGCAAGAAAAAUCCCUGGAAAUAGAAGCAUCAAUAGAAGAGUUCAGACUGAAAUACCAAUCCGUAUCUGAACACUCUGCGAUUUUGUACUACUGUAUAUCGGAUUUGGCCAAUAUCGACCCAAUGUACCAAUACUCCCUGGAGUGGUUUAUAAAUCUCUACAUAGGAUCCAUACAAAGAUCUGAAAAGUCUCGUUUUAUCGAAAAAAGGUGCUUAAAUCUGAUAACAGCCUUUACCUAUGAUUUGUAUUCGAAUAUAACGAGGUCGUUGUUUGAAAAAGACAAGUUGCUGUUCUCAUUUUUGUUGUGCGCUAAAAUUAUGAUAUACCAGCAAAAAUUGGACGAUAAGGAGUUUAUGUUUUUACUUACUGGUGGCGUUUCUAUACAAAACCCCCUACAAAAUCCUAGUUCUUGGUUGCCGAAAGAUUCGUGGGACGAAUUAUGCCGUGUAGACGAUUUAGAAAAUUUCAAAGGGUUCAGAGAAUCGUUCAGCAAAAGUGUAUCGUCGUGGCAAAAGAUUUACGACGAUUUCGAUGAAAAAGGACGUUUCCCCGAACCGUGGAACACAAAGUUGCCCGGUUUUAGGAGACUCAUAGUCAUUAGACUUUUAAGACCUGACAAGUUAAUUAGAUGCAUCUCGAAUUUCGUCCAAGAGGAGAUGGACGAGAGGUUCAUCAAGCCGCCGCCAUUUAAUAUCUCGGUCUCGUACGCCGAUUCCUACAGUUUGAGUCCUUUGAUUUUCAUUUUGUCGCCGGGUACCGAUCCGAUGGCAGCUCUCAUUAAAUUUGCCGAAGAAAACGAUUUCAGUCAGAAAUUUUUCUCGAUUUCGCUUGGGCAAGGGCAAGGCCCUAUCGCGAAGAAUCUCAUAGAGCGAGGGCAAGAAGAGGGCAAUUGGGUGUGCUUGCAGAACUGCCAUUUGGCCACCUCGUGGAUGACCACUUUGGAAAAAAUAUUCGAGGAGCUAGACCUAUCAAACACCCAGGAUGCUUUCAGGCUGUGGUUAACGAGCUACCCUUCGAACCAAUUUCCCGUGACGCUUCUCCAAAAAGGGGUUAAAAUGACCAAUGAACCGCCCACUGGGUUGCAGAAUAACUUGUUGAAAUCCUACAUAAACGAACCUGUAAAGAACGCGGAAUUUUACAAUGGAUGUCCCGAACACGACGACAUGUUUGCCAGGAUGUUGUAUGGUCUAGCGUUUUUCCAUGCUGUUGUUCAAGAAAGGAGGACUUUUGGGCCUCUCGGUUGGAACAUACAGUAUGGUUUCAAUGAUUCCGACUUUGAUAUAUCAGUCAAGCAGCUGCAAAUGUUCAUCAAUGAAAGUGAGGAUCCUUUUGAGGCGUUAACCUACUUGAUAGGUGAAUGUAACUAUGGAGGAAGGGUCACGGACGAUUGGGAUAGGCGUCUCAUAGUGACAAUUUUAGAGGACUUUAUUAAUCCUAUAGUUGCAAAAAAUCCUAAAUACAAAUUCAGCGAUGUGGGAACUUGUUACAACCUCCCAGAUGGUACAGAUUACGAAGCCUUCAUAAACCAUAUACAAACUUUACCGCAAAUGCACCCGCCUGAAAUUUUCGGGUUACAUACAAACGCUGGCAUAACCAGAGAUUUGAAGGAUUCGUAUUUGCUGCUGGGUUCAGUGUUAAAAGCUUACGGGGAGACGGCUGGAGGGAGUGGUGGUGAAACGGAUAAGUAUUUAAUGGGUUUAACGGAGGAAUUAAUAGAAAAAAUACCUAAUCCGUUUAAUAUAGAAGUGUCAAAGGCCAAAUUCCCUAUUGAUUAUUCGGAAAGUAUGAAUACUGUUUUGGUGCAAGAAAUGGAAAGGUUUAACAGACUUUUGAAGGUUGUAAAAGCCUCGUUGCAGACUAUGCAGAAGGCUAUACAAGGUUUAGUAGCCAUGUCGCCUGCAGUGGAAGCCUUGGGGACUUCAUUGUUUCUAGCAAGGAUACCUACGAGCUGGGCUUCAGUGUCAUACCCAAGUCUUAAAAAUCUUCCAAACUACGUCACAGAUUUAAUAGCGAGAGUGAAGUUUUUGCAGACAUGGUUCGAAAAUGGUAAACCCAAUACGUAUUGGGUGUCUGGGUUCUUCUUCACGCAAGCCUUUUUAACUGGCGUCAAACAAAACUACGCUAGAAAACACAAAAUCCCGAUUGAUAAACUGACGUUCGAUUUUGAGAUAAUGCAGACCGAGAACAUAUUUAAUGUGCCCAAAGAUGGAGCGUACAUUUAUGGGUUGUUCACUGAUGGAGCGCGUUGGGAUCGACAAAAAGGUAUUUUACAGGAAUUACACCCGAAGAUACUGAACGAUGUAAUGCCGGCGAUAUGGAUACAGCCUAUAAAAGUCUUGGAUUAUAAGACAAGGGGGCGGUAUACAAGUCCUGUGUAUAAAACCUCCGAGAGAAAAGGAACUUUGUCAACGACAGGACAUUCGACAAAUUACGUAUUGCCCAUAUUACUGAAUACAAACGUUGAUGCUUCUCAUUGGAUAAAGAGGAGUGUGGCAUGUCUGUGUCAACUGAGUUAGCUUUAAUAUAUUUUACAUUAAUAAAAUAAUACAUGUACAUUCUAAAAUUUUAUUUCCUUAAUUAAAUAUAAACAUCUAAAUCUGGUUAUAUGUCCUUGGGCUUAGUGACACCUAUAUAACCGAUAAUCUCCACCGGCUUGAUCCCUUUCAUGUUUUCUUUGGCGGCGUUCACGUGCGUGUUGGCUUGGUGAAACAGCUUCACGCCUUCCACGGCUGCCUCUUCGGCUUUUUCCGGCGGCGCCAUCUCGACGGCAGCUUCGGCUGCUUUGACGGCUCCCGCGAAAGAGAUCAUAGCCUCCGCCAUGGCCAGCUUGUCCACUGCGGCGGCCAUUUCCGAGUCCUUCUCCAUGCGGAACUUCGUCUCGACUUCGAUGCCGCUGGCGCCGGACUCCGCCAUCCUGCUCAUGUACUCGUCCGUGACCGGAAGUCCCUUCUUCGGGACCUUCAUGUCUUCCGGGUUGUUUCCCGCGUCCGCGACCGACUCGUGUCGCUUCUGCAGCUCCUUCUCCACGUUCCUGUCGAACCACUCCAUUAUGGUCUCCUUCUGCUUCUUGUUGACUUCGGGGUCCUCAUUUUCGGUGUCCAUCGGUAGGUUUUUUAUCAGGAAUCUCGGGUCUGCGGUGUCUUCAGGCGGCGGCGGUUUCACCUCCUGCACCUUUCUUUUGCUCUGCUGGGCGUUCCUUGACUAAAAAAUUUCGAGUCAAACGAGAAAUUUACGGAAAACGUCAAAAAGAAAUUAUUAUUUGGAUUUGGCAGUGUCAAGUGUCAUCCAAAUACUAUGGUUAUAAUACCAUCUGCAUUAAACUGGAUAUUCCUAAAUCGUUCGAAGUCCAGUUUAGAUUACUAGGUGCUCUGCCUGGUAAAAACGAUGCAUUUAUUAUGGAACCCUAAAAAUACCACUUGCAUUUAACAAACACAAACUUCAAGGCUUUUUACCUGCAUAUCUUGGGGGAUACACGAAUUGCAUCCUGGUAUUGUGAAAGUGGCCCCUGACAUGUUAAGUCUCGAACUCCUUGUCCUGUUGGCGGAAAAAUUCCCCCUCGAGCCCCUGCCUGAGGCAUCCUGCCGUUUGGGCCGCUAAAAGCAUGCAACAUUACCGGAUUAUUGAAGGUUUGUUUCAGUUUACUUACGGUAGAACAUCUGGGAUUGUUUGGGUUGUUGCUCAUGUUGGUUGUGUAUCCGAGUUUGUCAUGUACGUUGCGACUUCGUAUUCAAUGCAAUCUCCCACGGGAAUUUGUGGCGUCGCGUUUGUCAAAAGAAGUUUGGGUUAUUUUGACGCACGCCAAUUCAUUUUGACACUUCAUUAUCGAUAUGUCAAUAUGCCCGAAAAAAUUGAACAAUGGAAAUAAAUUGGAUUUAGUUUUUACUGUUACGUGUGGUGGCGCUUUAAACAAUGUGUUUUUAGUAUCACCCAAUGUUUAAUACUGCCCAAAGAUAAUAUCUAUCACAAUCCACACAACAAGGUCUGUUCUAUCUCAUGCUAAAAAUACUAAAAAUCACUGCAACACUGCACAGAGUUUUUAUUGUUUACAAUUCUUGUGCUUUGGGUUUGUGCUGUUUAAUAAUUGUUUUAAACGUUGUGUUUCUUACAGAGGCACUUGUAAGCCUCAAAUAAGGCCUUUAAGUGCUAAGGACAAC